AUGGUUUCUACAAGGAGGUCUUCUACUCAACAUGUUGAGGUUGAGCUAAGUGCUAAUGGGAGAGAAUUAAAAAAGGUUGUUCCUAUACACGAGCAAAGAGCAGCCAUGGAAAGAGAACAUUCUUUAGUUUCUACUACUAAUAGUAAUAAUAACAAUAAGCAAGAUGGAUUGGAAGAACCACCUAAAUCAGUUAAAAAGGAAACAAGAGGCAGGAAGAAAAAAAAUCGCACAGUUGAUACAACUAGCAGUACCAGUAUAUCGUCUACGCGUCUUCAUCCUUCAAGGACAAGUGUUGAAAGUGGAGAUCAUACAGGUGAUGGUGUUGGCUCGUCAAAAUUUUCACAACCCCCUGAACCAAUAAAAAAAGUUGACACUAGGGGGCGUAAAAGAAAAAAUUUAGAAAAUGACUCGAAUAAACAGCAGUCGUCAGGUAAGAAAAAGCAAACUGCUACUACAAAUACAACUACCGCCGCUACAUCUGGUCAUACUAUUGAUGGUGGAGCUGCCGCUGGUGCUGCUGGUGCUGCUGGUGCUGGUGCUGGUGGACCGAUCCAAAAUAUGACAACUCGUUCUUCAUCCAAUACCGUAAAUAAACAUAAGAUCAACCAUCUAUUGACUAAUGAUUCCCCUCCUCCAUUGGCUUUGUUUACUCAUCAUCAAGUUGGUGCCCGAAGAAAUAAUAGUUAUGAAAGAAGUACUUCUCCAGGUAUGGCAAAUUAUCCACAGCCAUCGCAACAACAACAACAACAGCAGCAGCAGCAGCAACCAAUACCACAACAGCGACCAACGCACCAACAGCAUCUUCAGCAAGCUCAUCCAACACAUAUUCAACAUCAACAACAACAGCAGCAGCUUCACUAUCAACAGCAGCAGCAGCAGCACCAGCAACUUUACCAGCAGCAGCACCAGCAACUUUACCAGCAGCAGCAGCAUCAACAGCAGCAGCAUCAUCAUCACCAAAUGGUCCCGCAACAAAUGUCUUCAACUCCGUCCGUGGGACAAGCACGUUCGGCAGGCAGUAGCUCACCUGCAGGACGCAUCCCCAUCACUUCUAUAAUAUCACAAAAAAUUGAUGCUCAAGAUAUUCCCUUGACGUUUGAUGAGGAAGAUGAUACUGGAGGUCCAGAGGACAAAAAAACUAAAAGAAGAUAUCGUGUCGAUAGAGACAAUAUUAAGAUCAACAAGAGAAUCAUGUCCCAAGAUACAGAAGAUGUGAUUAAGAUGUUUAAAAAAUUUGAUGACGAGAUAUUAGCCAAUCCUGAGGCAAGACAAAGACUAUUAUCGUUGGGGUUUGAGACUAGGAAAAGAUAUAUUACCACAUUCAAGCAUUUUAUUCGAUUUUGUUGCAAGAAGAAAUUGGACAAUUUUUUUGUUACGGGUGAAUUAAUGAAGGAAUUUUACCAAGAACAAUUUGCAAAUAGUUCAUCAACUAAACCGGUUAUUAGAUUGAGAAAAAUGGACCCUGCGUUUAGCAAGUUGCAAGAAAUUAAUUUCUUGGUUUACCAUUUGGAAAAUAAAGAAAUACCUAAUAGACAUAUUGCAUUAGAGUAUUUAGUUUAUAAGGAGAUUGGCAAGGAUACACUGUCUUCGUCAUCUUCGAUUGAUGAUUUGUCUUCUAAUGAGUCAAAUUCGAAGAAAAAGAGAAGAAUGGUGAAGAAGAUAUAUAAAGCUCAGCAAUUAUCAGGGGUGCCCAAACCGGGUCAAAAAGACAAUACGGGGAGUGGUGGUGAUGGUGAUGGUGAUGGUGAUGAUGAUGAUAAUGAUGAUGGUGAUGAUGAUGAUGGUGGUGGUGGUGCUACUGCUGCUGCUACUGCUGCAGGUGCUGCUCCUAGAGCGGCAUCUGGGGAUUCUCCUAUUCUCCUAGAUUCAUCUAAUCAAUUUGAACCAGGCACCAGUGGUUCUGGUUCAACUCAAGGUACAGGUACAGACGCAAUUGUUGCUUUGUCUGCAAAACAGAAUCAACAACAGCCGGUGCCAUAUAAUCAGCAUCCACAAACCUUUCCCUCGCAACCACAGCAUGCUUCUGGUACCCAACACCAACAGAACCAUUACCAACAACAACACAAUCAAACAGAGCAACAGCCAGUAUAUACUAAAAGAAUCACCAAAAAAAAUAUUGAAGAGAUCCGUAGAUCUUUUGCAUUAUUACGUGAUGACAUACAAAAGACAAUUUCCGCAUAUCCUGCAUUUGCAUCCAGUUUAUCGCAACGUAUAAAUAGCUCACUAGAUCGAUUCGAGAUUGAAUUGAAUGGACCUCCACCUACUCGUCAACAACAAUUUUCUGAACUCGGUGUACCUAUAUAUGAUUUAAAUCAUGAUAUAUAUACCGUUUACGAAAUAGUUGAAGAAUGGUAUAAAGUAGGAUAUCCAAUAGCACAACGAGUAAAACAAUAUGGUGAGAAUUGGAUUCGUGAUGAAAUUGAUCACAAUACUUAUAUUGAAAGGAAAUCUAUAGUAGCCUUUGUUGAAAGAAUGGCCAAUGAAUGUCAAGUCGACAUUUAUACUAUUGCCAACGAUUGUGAUCGAUAUAUAAGAGAUAAACUGAUUUUAGAUGAGUUUAUAAGUGAGAUUGAAUUGGAUGUAGAGGAUUUGUUCAAACGAAUAAUGAGGUAUAGACAUAGAAGGGGUUAA